GCUCAGAGGGAAGAGCUGACCCUCGGUGCGUCACAUGGGACCCCUUCUCUGAGCCUGUCCCCUGACUAACGGUGCCCCGUCUGCCCUCCUCUCAGAAGCGUUUGCUAGAAGAAAGAAGACUUCCCUUUGGUUUGUGGGGUCUCUGUUGGUGGUGUCCGUCCUCAUCCUGACCAUCGGCCUCGCCGCCACCACCAGGACGGAGAACGUGACCGUGGGGGGCUACUACCCAGGAAUCAUCCUGCGGCUCUGAUGAAGCCGAGAAGCCACCCUGCCAGGCGAGGUCCUGGCUGCCACUUAGUGGUCACCCUUGCGCAGUGGGAAUGGCAGCCUUGCCGCUCGGCUUCGGAUCGUUCUUGGGAAUGAUUGGCAUCAACCUGGUGGAGAAUAGACGGCAAAUGCUGGUGGCAGCCGUGGUGUUCCUCAGCUUCGGCGUGGCGGCCGCCUUCUGCUGCGCCACCGUGGACGGCGUCUUUGCCGCUCGGCACAUCGAGACGAGGCCCCUCACCACAGGGAGAUGCCAGUUCUACUCCAGCGGGGUGGGGUACCUGCAGGACGUCUACCAGACAGAGGUCACCUGCCACUCCCCGAACGGCAAGUGCCAGCUGAAGGUGAAGAGCAACACCUGCUACUGCUGUGACCUGUACCCCUGCCAGAGCUCCGAGCACCCCCCCGCCUACUAUGAGUUCGUGGGCGUGAGCAGCUGUCAGGACGUGCUCCACCUGCACCGGCUGCUCUGGGCCUCGGCGGGGCUGAACGUCCUGGGCCUGCUCCUGGGCAUCGUCACGGCUGCUGUCCUGGGGGCCUUCAAGGACAUGGUCCCUGUGUCCCAGCUGGCCUUUGGCCGGUCCACUCCGCCUCAGAUCCUCUACAACCCCGCCCAGCAGAUCCUGGCCUACACCGGCUUCUGCCCGGUGCCUGGCAGCCUCCCCACCUGCUCGUCCUACCCGCUGCCUCUGCAGCCUUCCGGCAGCGUCCCAGCCUCGCCUCCCACUGACCUCUCUCUGUCCGAGGACGCUCAGCCUCCAUCCCAGCCCAGCUCCAGCCUCGUGCUCCCUCCCCACGCCCCACCUCUCUAUGUGCCAGCCCACUUCCUCCCGGGGGAGAAGCCCCCGCCCUACACACCCUGACAUGGAGGGAGUCCAUUGAAAAAUUAUUUUUUUGGCUUGUGGAAAAACAAAGCAGCCUCUACAAACCCUGCUUCAGUGGCCAACCCCCUGGAGAAGUCAGAAGAACGUUCUGGAAAUCCACACCUCCUUCCCUCCCUGGGCACAUCCGUGGCAAGCAGAGGCCGAUGGUGGGGACAGAGCCCCAGGGCGCCAGGUGGCACGUCCGGUCGGCCGACUGGCCCAGCGUGUAGAGCAGACGGCAGAUAGAGCCGCAGUUUCCUCAUGGCCUCCUUGCUCCCGCAGCGUCGUCGCUUACAGAAGCAAAGCUUCAUUUCCCCACAUUCUCCUAAUCAGUUAUUACUGUUAUUACUUUUCAAAGGGAACAUGCCUUGUAACAUGUGUGAGGAUGGUUUUUAAGGAAACGUGUGUUCACACAUUUACACGCGUGUGUCCCAAGAAGGGCGGCCUCCA